GUGUAUAAAGCACAGAUGAUUGGUGGGGUGGCUUGCUUGCUUCUUCUACUACAAGUGAAAAAGGGUUUGAAAAUGACACUGCACCAAUAUCCAAAAUGUGAAUUGCAUGAUUGGACUGCAAUUUUUCUCCUGCAACAGUCCCCUUAUUUAACUCACCCUUGUCUUACCAAAUCUUACAAUUUUUCUGUCUCUAUUAUUUUACCUCUCGGCUCUCACUUACAUGAGCCACACCCACUUCUCCAAAUGAGAUGGCUCCAAUCCCUCCUCUCUCCAUUGAAGAAACUUUGGUUUCGUCUGCAUUCGACUCCGAAAAAGAGUAGAGGGAUAUACAUUCUAUACGAGGAUGUGAAAUCUUGCCCUUAUGAAGAUGUGCAAGUUCUAUGGUCAAUACUAGUGGAGUCGCAUACGCCUUCCAUGCCAUCAAAACAAUGAAGGGCAAAAAUACCAACACAGUACAUAGUUGCAUAAAAAUGAGAGUUUUAUGUACAUAAAAAUAUUUAUGAUGUUUUAUUUACUUUUGUGAAAGGUUUUUUUUCCAUUUUUUGUUUUCUAUUUUUCCAUUUUAAGUUACUUGUCAUCUCAGUUACAUAUUAGAAAUAGAAACAUCACUUUCCCUGUCUA